AGCCGAAAGGAACAAGACGCAUUCGUCAUUCCAGCAUUAUACCACUGCACCAGCGCAUACAAGACCAAAAUUGUGGCAGGCCUGCUUGCCUACAAAGGAAUACUUGUUCUGUUUGGGCUUUUUCUGACCUGGGAGACACGCCAUGUCACUAUUCCCGCCUUAAAUGACUCUAAAUACAUUGGGAUGUCUGUUUAUAAUGUUGUUGUGCUUGGCAUCAUUGGUCUGGUCGUGACGUUUGCAUUUGAUGGAUCUACCCACUAUGUGGUUACUUACGCAAUCUCAUCUUCCUGUGUUAUUGUUUGCACUACUGUUACACUGUUGCUGGUGUUUGUUCCAAAGGUAAGUCGAAAAACGAAGCUCCCGUCACAGUUAUAAUUUACUUUAAAGAGUGAACUUAGAACUGUACCAUAUGACGUUUGAGGGAGGCGCACAAAAGACAAGAAAUAAUUGCUGCUGGAAAAAGAAGUUGAACUUGAGCCUGAAAUUAACUAAAAGCUUAUAACUGGUCAGGGAAAAGUGACCUAAAAAAAACACGUUCCCUGGAUUUAAGCCCUUUAUAAGUUGAAACCUGAGCACGCGAUACGGUCUUGUGAUACUGGUCAGCGGAUAACCUUUUCUGACGGCUGUCAAUUGACCUUAACAUGGAGGACGUCUUUCAUCAAUUGUUAACACAAACGUUGCAGGGUCCCACACAAGCUAAAAAAUGUCAUUUCACCUUGACCUUGAGAAAAAGGCGUGCACCCCGAUCAAAAUGAAUCUUAUCUUACUCAGGGCCUCAGCCUUGCAGGUCCUGUUUUGGUCCUAAAAUAAGGGAAACCUCGGGCUCCCAAGGCCCUCUGCCCCCAUGUCAGGGAGUCAUUCCCCCCAAACAAAAACAGGAAUUGGAGUAUCUUUUACCGAGUUGGGUUCUCCCUCUCUUAAUUAACCCUCCCUCCUCUUUAUUUUGCCCUUUGACCAUUAAGUCCCGCAGGCGCAGUUGUUCCCUUUCGUAGACGGUCUCUGCCAUUUUAAGACACUUAGAAAAUUUUAGACCUGUUAUUGAGAGCGUUUCUAAUAAGGAGAAAGAAAAUCGCAACGCAGGGUCGAACUCCGACCUUUCGUCUCCUUAUCUCUCACUCCGUUACCACUACACAACCACACCGACUCGCCAAAAUUCCGAAAAAUUUUAAGUACAUAAGCCAACAAACUGUUUUUCUUAACUGAUACAUCAAUAACAGGUGACCCUAGUACUUUCCAUAACUUUUAACGUAAAUUCAACUUGGGCUUCAACGUAGUUCUUUCUAUAAGAAUAUUUUCCUGAUUGUAACUUAAUCCAGAGAGUAUAUUGCAUCUACUAUGUCUAAAAGCUUGGUUACCAGUGAUGACAUCGACCGUUUAAAAUGGCAACCACCGUUUACGAAAGGGAAAUAGGCCCCGCCGACCCCGUUAAAAAUGUUUAAAGAAAAAAGUUUCUUCCUCGUUUUACAAGUGAUCUCGCUAAAAUCUCUUUUGUUUUUCUUUGACCGCCGGAAUUUUAUUCACAGUAGACGGUCUAGUCGGUCUAGUCAGUAGAAGAUUCAGUACCAUACCGACAAAGUAGAACAGAAAAGAUUGUCUCGUUUACACUGCUGGUUCUUAGAGAUUUGUGAUUAGGGAAUCAGGAAAAUGGAUUGGAAAGAGAAAGAUAAAAAGGAACAAACUACAGUACCACUUAAAACAACAAAGCUCCACUUUGGUCUAAGGACCGAUUUCUCUCAAGGCGGAACUUAUUGACACUUUUACUACAAGAGAGAAUAAGAUUAUUCUCUCUUGUGUUACUUAUACUGCCACAAAUAUUUUUUGGGGGCAAGGAACACUAGAAAGAUAACACAUUUUUCAUCUCUUUAUUUCUUUGAUAAAACAAAUCUAAAAUCCAAUGAUUGCUUUGUUACAGUAGCCUCGUAGAUUCCCAAUGCAACAUACGUCCUUUACGUUUUUUCUUUCGUGCGAAGCUCCGAGGCUGCUGUAAAGGAAAGUCCAAUUACAAGAAGUGAUAUACAGUCUAAUUAUCUGUCUGUAUUUAAAGAUUUACCAGUUUCGAAUGAAGGAAGAAAGAAGCAUCACCUCAGACUUCAGGAUGCAAGCCGCUGCUACAAACAGUGCACAUAGUCAGAAUCUCAACGUGACAUGCGCACACUCUUCGCCAGAGGUGCAUUUAGCAUGUGCCUCACCCACCAACCGGUCAUAA